AUGGAGAAACCAAUCAUUGGAGACUACGCUCUGGACUUCAAGCAACAUGGAUUCUAUAUGGAAGCAGCCACGCCUAACUUGCAGCAUUCCUUCGGGCUGGGCCCUAGAGGUCCAAACUUGAACCCGAAGCUGGGCCCAGAGCCGGCCGCUCCUGGUCCGCCUCGUCCGGAGGAGCAGCACCAUAAGCCGUUCUUCUACAUCCAGCCUUCGCAGCAGUACCUGCCGAUGCAGAGUCUGCAGUGGCCGAUAGCCAUGCCUAUGCCCUACACCCCGUACUACGGCUACCCUGGCUUAGGGCUUGGCCUGCCAAUGAUGCCCCACUAUCAGCCGAACCCCUACAUGGAGCCACCUGGCUUUGUUGUUCCCCACACCCACCUCCAUCUGAUGGACUACAGACGCAUGCUGAACCCCCAGUACUACCACACCAUGGCCCAUCACGCCCGCAGGUUUCGCUACCAACACAACUCUGCGUCGAAAGAAAUGACCAGCUCUGAGGUUCAAACUGAGCCGCUUCUCUCAGUUCAUAGGACCAGGACCCCAAGGUCCAGCGGCAACUCCACCGACAACGCCACUACUGAUCAGCUCCAGUCACCGUCUUUCACUGUACAAACAGAGGAAUCCCCUUCAGAGCGCCAAGAGAAGGCGCCCUCUUCCACCACGGGGAUACCAUCAAACAGCACCUUCGUGAUUCAGACUGAGGAGGUGACUAUUGAAUGUUGCGCCACACCAGUGGGACUCCAACUGCUCCACGCUCAAGAGGCUGCGGAAAUGUCCCACAGCUUUCCCCAGGAUCUGGUUCAGUGUAGUUCUCCUACCCAGAGUGCUAUCCUGCAGGAUGAGGGUCUCGACCUGCAAGCAGACCGGUCUGAGCAGGAGCUCAAUGUUUGUCCAGACAUCCUGUUGGUUGGAAAGCCAAACACUGGGGAGAAGAGCCUUUCUCUAGAGGAUCCCAUGAACCAAAUGGAUCCUGUGUCUGUAAACGAAUCUGAAGAGACUUCAACUGAUGAAGACUUGAGUGUGACCUCAAAAAGCUUUCACCUCAAAGUUGUUCAGGUGCCAUUUGAUCCAACGUAUUUGGAUGAACUGAGGAAGAUUGAGUCCACAGUCUGGUCAGCUGAGGAAUCGUUCAUGACUUCCCCUGUCCAAAACGCCUUCAUGAAGGCUUCCAAUAAAACACUGAAUGCUUCAACUGAGGAGUUGGUAAUGUCGACACAGGAGGUUCCUACUGAGGAAAUCACUGAAACAGAGAUGCCUGCACUAGCAAAGGUUGAACUAGAGGAAACUGUCCCCACUGUAGAGAUGUCUGAAGCAAAUAUCUACCCUGUUACAGAUGCUUCUCCACUGCCUGAGCUAACAAACACAGCAGAGGAACCUCUUUCAACCAAUAUCCUUCUACCAGAUAAUUCCCCUCUGGAAUCGGACAGAGAACAUCACCAGCUUGAAACUACGAUUGACCAGGAUCAUCAGGACACCUCCUUUGAAUCUCUGCCUGUGUACCUUCCCUCUACCAGCUGGAUUUCAGACUUUAAUCAUAGCCAUCACUGCAAUAAUAUCCCACUAGCUCCUAUGAAGCAGAACAGACCAAGGAAUCUCCAUAGUCUGGAUGUGUCUAAAAGGAGAAGAAAGCUUAACAUGGAUUACAAAGAACAACCUAAUGUUCGGAAACCAAAAGAGAGGUACAAACCCAAAGGCAAGGUGGAUCGACAAAGUCUUUCUGACCAUGAAUGUUGCCUCAGCAGAAAUUUCAACGAGAACAUGUUGAGCUCUCGCUGGUCCAACAAUGAGCGACUCUGUACCAGAUGUACGGCAAAACGUAGGAUCACAACAUCUCCAAGUUCGGUGUGUGAAGGCCGAAGCUUGAAAAGGAAAGCGGUUCCUUUCCAGCAAUGGAACGAUGUCCUAUUACCGACAUGUGAAGCCUGCAAAUCUCACACAAAGAAGCAACUCAUGAGAAAAGAUUCCAGUCCGGAUCUUUGUUCUCCCCAUUAUGGUCACAACACAGAGUGUGACUCUUCUGGGAACAGUUCAUGUCGGACGGGACAGGACUUCAAGAGGCCGCUGGCACUGAGGCAGAUGGCAACUGAAAGUCCUAUGACAAUCCACACAAGGCUGAGACAGAGCAACUGCUCGCAUGACGAUCUGCAGGAUCAGUCGGUCGGCUGGGAAAGACUCCACCGAUGUCCGCAUGGGAACACGAUCCAAGAGAUUGAUGAGAACUGUGACGCACCAGUUUCCCACAAGGAAAAAUGGAGUAACCUGGACCAGAUGUACCUGAUGCACAGACGGCAAACUGACGAGAGGUCGUGGAGAGAUGCAACGCUCAACACUUACAAUGGCCGCUUCUUGAAGGAAGCCACCUCACAACACUUUAUUAAUCACAAGAAAACACAACAACCACAAUCACAAGGAAUCUGCACCAAAGAAACGAGAUGCUGAUUUGCACCAGAGCACAACUUAAAGUACAGCCACUGUUUGUUUUAAUGAUCAGCACUUAAAUUAAGUCUUUUACACUUUAUUUGGAUAUGUAAAUGAUCACAAUGUUCACUAUUUAUUCAUAUUGAAAUAAACACAAAUUUAAUAGUUUUUGCAAA